AUGUCUAUAGACCUUAAAGAAGAGGCCGAAAAUCAUCCGGAGCUUUACGGAUUACGUCGAUCAACCAGAUCAAGAAGGUCCGUUCAAACUUUUGAAGAAUCUGACGAAGAUGAUGAGCCUAGAAAGAGGCGCCGUCACAGAGAUGCUGAUAUGGAUUUUCUCAGUGAUGAAUAUGAUACUACUGGUGGUGCUGAUGACGAUAAUGAUGAUGAUGAUGACGAUCAUAAAGGUGAUUUUGAUGACAACGAUUUUAUUCCCGAUGGUACCAAUCAUCAUCACAAGUCAAGAAGGAGAAGCAAACAGAAAAAAAUCGUCAGAAAGAGACCGAAAGGAAGGUCUGCGUAUAGUGGUGAUGAUGAUGAUGAUGAUGAUGGUAAUAAUAAUAGCGAUGGUCUCAUCAUUCCGAUUCGUUUUUCUACAAGAAACAACAAAAAAGUUGUCAAUUAUGCCAUGGAUAAUGAAGGUGAGGAAACGGAGUUUUUGAUGAGUGAUGCUGAUGAAGGUACUGAGAGUUAUUCGACCGAGCCAGAGUAUGAAGCUAUAGGUAUUGAUUUGGUAGUUGAUCAUAGACCCAUUGGAUAUCGGAGCAGAGAAUCCGAUGAAGAGGAAUCGAUGUCUAAGGAGGAAUUGGAUGCCAAGAAGAAUGCGAUUAAACAUGGUAAUUCAAGGAAGGACUUUGAAUAUUUGAUCAAAUGGAGUGAUACAUCGCAUCUUCAUAACACAUGGGAAACAUAUCAAGGUCUCAACAAUAGAAGACUGAGAGGUUUAAAAAGACUUGAUAACUACAUUAAUACGUUUAUCAUUCAGGAUAGAGAGAUUCGAAAUGAUCCAUACGUAACACGGGAAGACAUUGAGAAGAUGGACAUAGAGGCUGAUACUCGAAGAGAGAAUUUUGCAGAAUAUAAGAAAGUGGAGAGAAUCAUCACCAGUGAAAGAGUAACUUUAGACAAUGGUGAAUCUGAGCUUCGCUAUUUUGUGAAAUGGCGAAGAUUGAACUAUGAUGAGUGUACGUGGGAAUCUUCUUCCGAGAUUGCCGAAAUAGCCCCUGAGGAAGUUACCAACUUCCAAUCCAGGCAAAAUUCAAGAAUUCUUCCCAGCUAUUCUGCAUCCUACGGUUCUCAUCGACCAAGAUUCGAGAAACUAACUAGUCAGCCGCUCUAUGUUAAGAACGGUGAAUUGAGAGACUUCCAGCUUACUGGUUUGAACUGGAUGGCAUAUCUUUGGUCCAGAAAUGAGAACGGCAUAUUAGCCGAUGAGAUGGGGUUGGGUAAAACUGUUCAAACGGUUGCAUUCAUAUCAUGGUUGAUCUAUGCAAGAAGACAGAAUGGCCCUCAUUUGGUGGUUGUUCCUUUGUCCACUGUUCCAUCGUGGCAGGAAACGUUUGAGCAGUGGUCCCCAGAUGUUAAUGUCAUCUACUACAUGGGUAAUACCAAAGCUAGGAAAACUAUAAGAGACUAUGAAUUCUUUGGCGGUAGUAAGAAAAAGGCCAAGUUUAACGUUCUAUUGACAACGUAUGAAUACAUAUUGAAGGACAGAGCAGAUUUGGGUGCAUUUAAAUGGCAGUAUAUGGCCGUCGAUGAGGCCCAUCGAUUAAAGAAUGCCGAGAGCUCUCUUUAUGAGAUUAUGAUGGAAUUCAAGGUUGCCAAUAGGUUGCUUAUUACCGGUACUCCUUUGCAGAACAAUUUGAAGGAGUUAGCAGCACUUUGCAACUUUUUAUCGCCUGGUAAGUUUGAUAUUGACGAGAACAUUGACUUUGAUGCCCCUGGAAAGGAAUCGGAGGACGCCAUCAAGAAGCUCCAGAUGAGUAUCAAACCAUAUAUUUUGAGAAGAUUGAAGAAGGAUGUAGAGAGUUCGUUACCUGGUAAGACUGAAAGGAUAUUGAGAGUCGAGCUUUCGGAUAUUCAAACUGACUAUUACAAGAAUAUCUUAACCAAGAAUUAUACUGCGUUGAGAGAAGGUGCCAAUGGUUCUCAAUUUUCUUUGUUGAACAUUGUUGCAGAAUUGAAAAAGGCUUCAAACCAUCCAUAUUUGUUUGAUGGUGUCGAAGAUAGAGUGCUAGCGCAAACUGGUUCCAGCUCCAGAGAAAACAUUUUCAGGGGUCUUAUUAUGACUUCGGGAAAAAUGGUUUUACUUGAUCAGUUAUUGAAUAAGCUGAAGAGGGAUGGGCAUAGGGUGCUAAUAUUCUCCCAAAUGGUGAGGAUGUUAGACAUUAUUGGAGACUAUCUUUCUUUGAAAGGAUUGAAUUUUCAAAGAUUGGAUGGUACUAUACCGUCUCAUAAGAGAAGAGUGGCAAUCGAUCAUUUCAAUGCUGAAGGCUCGAAGGAUUUCUUGUUUUUAUUAUCCACCAGGGCUGGUGGUUUAGGAAUCAAUUUGAUGACUGCCGAUACUGUGAUUAUUUUUGAUUCCGACUGGAACCCCCAAGCGGAUUUGCAGGCUAUGGCUAGAGCUCACCGAAUUGGCCAAAAAAAGCAUGUUAACGUCUACAGAUUUGUUUCCAAGGACACUAUAGAAGAGCAAGUGUUGGAAAGGGCCAGAAAGAAGAUGAUCUUAGAGUAUGCUAUAAUAUCUCUUGGUAUCACUGAUCAGAAGAAGGCCAAGAACGAGCCAUCUUCAGGUGAAUUGAGUGAGAUUUUGAAGUUUGGUGCUGAUAACAUGUUUAAGAAGAACGACAAUCAAAAGAAGUUGGAGAAUCUCGACUUGGAAGAAGUGUUGAACCAUGCAGAGGAUCAUGAUACGACACCGGACCUAGGAGAAUCGAAUUUAGGAAGUGAGGAUUUCUUGAAACAGUUUGAAGUUACCGACUAUAAGGCGAACGUUGAUUGGGAUGAUAUUAUUCCGGAGGAAGAGUUGAAGAAGAUUAAAGAAGAAGAGGCCAAGAAAAGAGAGGACGAAUUUUUACAGGAACAAAUCGAGAUGGCUAAAGGCAGGUCCGCAACCCUCAAAAAGCCAAAUUACACUGAUUCAGAGGCUGAAGAUUCUGAAACUUCCACCAGAAAGCGGAAAUUGGAUAUGAAUAAACUUACUGAGUCGCAAGUGAGAAGUGUAUACAGGGCUCUUUUGAAGUUUGGAGAUAUUAGAGUGAAGAUGAACGAGCUUAUAGCCAACGGUAUGCUUCCAAACAAGAAUCCUAAACUUUUACGAAAGUGCUAUGAGGAUAUGAUGAGCACCAGUGAAAGAUUGGUUAAUGAGUAUGAGGAAAAGAAGGAUAAAGAGUUGAAGAAUCUUCAAGUGGAGGUUCAAGAAGAAAGGAUCAAGAAUUCUCAGCUUCCUCCACUUGAAGAGGGACAGCGCCAUCCUACGCCCGCCUCGCAGGCAUAUAAUGCCAAGCGCAGAGAGAGAAGAGCUGUCUUGUUUGACUAUAUGGGAGUAAGAAAUCUUAAUGCAGAAACGAUUAUUCAGAGACCCGAAGAGCUGAAGCUUCUUGGAACAGUCGUUCCUAAUGAUGAUCCGAUGAGAUUCAGAUUCAAAACGGAGCCAAAGCCCGUUCAUGGUUGGUCCUGCGAAUGGACUACAAGAGACGAUACAAUGCUCAUGAUUGGUGUAUACAAAUUUGGAUAUGGAUCGUGGAUUCAGAUUCGUGAUGACCCAAUCUUGAAAUUACAGAACAAAAUCUUCUUGGAAGGUGCUCCUGCCGGAGCGUCCAAAGAGGAGAAGGCCAAAUACAACAAGAGUCCCGGUUCUGUGCAUUUGGUUAGGCGUACUGAGUAUUUACUCGGAUUGCUAAAAGAAGAAUUGAACUCUCCUUCUCUUCCUGAAAGAGAGAAUGGUUUGGAUGGUCGUACGAUAAAGCCUAGACCAAGAAAGACUGUUCGGAAAUCGUCAACUCCGGAAACCGAAUCUAUUAGGAGCACGCCAAAGCCUCCGCCGUCGUCGUCAUCUGCAUCUACCACAUCUGGGUCAUCUGGGUCAUCUGCCUCUACAUUACGCCCAAAUACGAAAAAAUCUCUCGCCCCUAGAUCGAAGCCGAACCGUUCGAUUAUUUCUAGACCGUCCAAGAGUUCCAAAUCUGCUAUUCCUGCAAGAGCUAGAAGACGUUCCGUUCACCCUCUAUUGAAGCCUGUGGAAAGGGAUCUUAAAGUAUGGGAAACAGGCAGAGGUAGUUUGGAUAAGCAUGAGUGGACAUUGAGAUUAAAAUCUGCAUUGCUUCAUAUUGGAACCCACAUUGAAAAAGAAUCUAGGGCCAACCUUCGUCUGAAUCGUGAACUGUGGGAGAAUGCCAAAGAGUUUUGGCCUAAGCCUGGUGUGCCGGCUAGACUGAUCAGGAAGAUGUAUAUUAAAAAGUCUCAGCAGCUGAAGGAGCAAAUAGCCGAGCAUAGAAUGCAUUGA